UGCAGACGCCGCCCCCACCGCCCCCACGCCGAGCUCGCCCACUUUGGUGGAAGUAUUGAACUGCAUCAAGCAAUGAAGGAGUUUGAAGUGACCAAGGUGAGAGGCCAACAGCGACGGAGCAGCACAGGGGGAUGGGAAAGAAUGGGCUGACGCCACGUUUGUGUGUUGUUUUUCUCUCGUAGGAGGAGCUCACCGAUCUGAUGAAGGCUUACAUACAGAGGACGGCACACGAAGAUAUCGAGGUGAGCACACGGCCGCAGAAACAAGCUGCUGCUCUGCAAUGGAAUCAGCCAUGUUUCCAUCGCGGUUGCUGUGUUGCCGUUAUGUAUGUGCCCGCAGGAGAUAGGGAGGCACGGCGGCAUGGCUGGGCUGGCCAAGAAGAUUGACACCGACCUCGAGAGAGGCGUCGUGUCGGGCGAGUCCAUAGAGCACAGGAAAGAGGUCUACGGACUCAACAGAUUCCCUGAAAAGAAACCAACUUGUAUAGACGGACGAAAAGACGACAGACAGAACGGGCGAGCACAAUGUUGUGCGUUGCAUUGUGCAUGGACUUUGCAGCAUUUCUUAUGCUGUGCUGGCAAGCGCUUCAGGACUUCACAUUGAGGAUUCUCCUCGUGUGUGCGCUUGUAUCGUUUGUGCUUGCUCUUACUCUUGGAGAGAGACCCGAUAUAGGCAAGCCAAACAUGCCACAAGGGACUGACUGACUGGCGCAUGCCGUUGUUUUCUUCUGUAUUGUCAGAGUGGAUUGAGGGUGUGGCGAUAUUCGUGGCUGUCCUGAUUGUGGUGAUGGUCACCGCAGUCAAUGACUGGAAGAAGGAACAGCAGUUCAAAAAGGUAAUAAAUGCAGAAACAUGCUCGUCCUGGGCCCGGGAGAAGGGCGUGUGCCCCAUCCAUUGCUAAUUGACAGUUGAAUGAGAUGAAGGACGACAAAGAGUGUUCGCUUAUCCGUGGCGACAUCGUCUCCAAGUACUCGGUGUUCGAGGUGGUGGUGGGGGACAUUCUGAGUGUCGAGACGGGAGACGAAGUGCCCGCAGUAAGGAAAGAACCUCCAUUGACAAGGAGGAUCGCGGUGAGCAUUGCCUUUCUUGCUGGCGACCUUUGUGUCAGGACGGUCUGCUGAUCAGCGGCUACAAUCUCAAGAUGGAUGAGUCAUCUCUCACAGGGGAGACGGAAUCCAUCGCCAAAUCGCCCUUUGACGUCUGCAAGCAGCAGGUAGACAAACGGCCUCAAGCCAGGCCAAUUGGUAAAGCUCUGCAGGUUUGUGACUGAAUCGUGCAGAUUGCGGAUCGUCAGGAGAAGUUAGAAAAGGCGACAGGGAAGAAGCACCAUGUGAUCGACAGCCCGGUGGUGCUGUCGGGGACGACCGUCACAAAUGGCUCAGGGCUCAUUCUUGUCCUGGCCGUGGGGCAGGCGUCACAGGUGUGUCCAUGCAAAAAUAAAAGCGCUCAGAGAAAUGUGUCGUUUCCGGUAGGUGGGCCGUGUCAUGGAGCUCCUUUCGGCUCCAUCAGAGGCAACACCGCUCCAAUGUAAGACGACUGAGGGCGUCCUUCUAGCUGUGUCAUUUUCCUUUGUCUCAUCCAGUGAAGUUGGAGGCGAUUGCCCAGGACGUCGGCAGGCUAGGUCUGUACGCAGCCCUGCUGACGAUCCUGGUGCUGAUCAUCGAGUUCUGGAUCGUGUACGGCCUGGACAAGGAAAACCAGCCCAGCACGAUGCAGGCAGUGCGUGAGCACCUGCACUUCCUGAUCAUUGCCAUCACCAUUGUGGUGGUGGCGGUGCCCGAGGGGCUGCCGCUGGCCGUGACGAUCUCUCUGGCCUUCUCCAUCAACAAGAUGCUCGCUGACCAGAACUGGGUUCGGAGACUGGCGGUGAGGCGAUUGAUCGAUACAUAUUUUGAGGUCGAGUGUUGUUGGUGUCUGUCUCUCGGCUGAAAGGCGUGUGAGAUCAUGGGUGGCGCCAAUGAGAUCUGCAGCGACAAGACGGGCACAUUGACGAGGGUACCCUACGCUACAUGCAACACAACGGUUGGCAGCUCAUAAGUAUAUAUGUGUUGUUCAGAAUCGGAUGACGGUUGAGGCUCUGUGGAACGGGUGGGAGGUGAAGGAUUACGAGAGGUCGCCCCCCAGGAAGGAGGAGUUCAUAGGCGAACACCUCGAUAUACUUGUCGAGGCCAUCGCUGUCAACUCCACAGCAUACCUGGAGUUCCAAAACAUCGAAAUACAGGCAUGGAUGAAUUUGUAUUUCCUCGAGAGAGAGGCUCAUUGUGAGUCCGUGCCUUCCUUACUGCGUGUGUUGUGUUUAGGACGGUACUGGUCGGUUCAAAGAAGUGAUCAAUCACGUGGGGUCGCCGACAGAGUGCGCACUGCUGCAGUUCAUGCAGAGCAUGGGUCGGUCAGGAUGGGAGAAAGAAGAGAAAUGGUUGCCACGUGCUCUCUGUCAUCGCUCAGACUACGACUAUCACCAUCUGAGGAAAGACUAUCCCAUCAUACACGUUGAGCAGUUCAACUCGGAGAGGAAAGUAAGAGCUGCGCUGCAAGCAACAGACAGUCUCGGCGUGGACUGACAACAUUUGCCAUUUGUGUCUGCCAGAUCAUGACGACAGUGAUUCAGCACCCAACCCAACAGAACAUGUACAGGGUGUUCGUCAAGGGAGCAUCCGAAAGGGUCAGCACGUGAAACCGUCUCGAAUGAGAGCGUCAAGCCGUUUGGAAUGGAAACUCCACUCUUUUGUCUUGUUCAGGUGUUGCGUCUCUGCACGUCGUGCUUCGAUUGCAACGGUCUGAAGGAGCCUUUGUCGAGGGAAGACAUUAGCAAAAUCGAGCACACCAUCAUUCACCAGCUGGCAAGCCAGGUACCUGCGCGUUGCACAAGAGACACCAUUUCUGCAUGAGAGUGUGCCACUGCAUCUAUCCACCAGGCGCUGCGGACCAUUUGUCUGGCGUAUCGCGACUUCGACCCGUCAGCUUUGCCCGACUGGAAGGAGCAGGACCCCGACACGCUCAUAUACAAAAUGGAGACGGACCUCGUCUGCCUCGGUACCUUGGAACAAGCACCAGCAAACCAGCCGACCUGGCCAUAUGUGGGUGUCGGCAGGCAUCACGGGCAUCCGGGAUCCAGUGCGAACCGAAGUGCCUGACGCAGUCAAGAAGUGCCAGAGGGCAGGCAUCAAAGUGCGCUCGAGCAGGGAGACAGACAGACAGACACGCAUUGAGCAGUCUCUUUGCUGUCAAUCACCACUCAGGUUCGCAUGGUGACUGGCGACAACAUCGACACGGCCAAGCAGAUCGCCAUCCGGUGCAACAUAUACAACCCAGGAAAGGCCGGACUCGCCAUGCUGGGUAACACGAAGCACAGAGACACGCACACGCACACAUACAAAUAGGCCGCAGCAGCUUCCCUCGUCUGCUGUGCGUCAGGUCGCGACUUUCUGCAGAAGAUCGGAGGCGUUAUCUGCGAGUCGUGCAAGACAGAGGUCUGCGAUUGCCCGAGGGACCCCACACAGGCAGCAGAGUCUGGCAAAGAGGUACCAAGACACCUUUCUGACGCCCAUGCCUCAUUCGCAGAUCUGCGUGUGUGUCACAGAUCCGCAAUGACGUCUUGGGGAAGCCAGAAGAGUUCUCCAAGAUCGCCGACCACCUCGAGGUACCCGACAUCCACAGCACAUCUGCAUGCCACCUCACGUGGAUGUCUAUCCGUCAGGUGCUGGCCCGUUCCCAGCCGUCUGACAAGUAUGCUCUUGUCACAGGGCUGAGGAAUAUGGGACAGGUGCGUCAUUCCCUCAUCCAUGGAAUCGGGCAUACAGGAGGCGUCGCUUUCCUGAUGUAGGUGGUCGCCGUCACGGGGGAUGGCACCAACGAUGCUCCUGCGCUCAAGAAGGCCGACGUGGGCUUCGCGAUGGGCAUCGCGGGUGUGUGUGCACAGAGAGAGGCGAGGAACCAGAGACAUCCAUGUGUGUGCGUCUUGCAGGUAAGGAGGUUGCGAAGCAGGCGUCCGACAUUGUGUUGCUGGACGACAACUUCGAGUCGAUCGUCAAGGCCGUCAAAUGGGGCCGCAACAUCUACGACAACAUCAGGAGGUUCCUGCAAUUCCAAAUCACGGUCAACAUCGUCGCUGUGGCCACCGCAUUCCUCUCCUGUGCGUGGGAAGAAGCAAAUGGACUGAUGCGCAUGUGUACCCUUGCUGUUCUCUCUUCAGCUGUGAUAUUGCGUGAGUCGCCCAUCGGUCCGAUUCAUCUGCUAUGGCUGAAUCUGAUUAUGGACACGUUCGGAUCGCUAGGUCGGCAGCCAGCAGGAUAGGAGGGGCCUGUCUUUCAGGAAGUCAUCUCUGAUAUACCUCUUUUCCUCUGGACAGCACUCGCCACGAAGCCGCCAACAGAAGACUUGCUCGAAAGGCAACCAUACAGGUACCAGACACUCACUGAUGGGGGAAGAGGGUGAGUGCACGGCAUUCCCCCUGAUUGUGGCUGUUUGUGUCAGGAAGGACGAGUACAUCAUCUCCAAGAUCAUGUGGCGAAACAUCCUCGGCCAGGCGACAUACCAGCUGGCCGUCAUGCUCAUGCUCAUUUUCGCAGGUGGGUGAAGAUGAACAGUUUCACAUGUGCGUGUCUCUACGUCUGUCGGUCUGUCUGUCUGUCUGUCUGUUGGUCUGUUGGUCUGUUGGUCUGUUGGUCUGUUGGUCUGCUCGUUCGUCAUCAGGCGAUUCGUUCAUCCCCGAGUAUGGGUGUGAGUGCAAUGUGGACGAGGAGAGGUGUCGCAAGAGCCAGAAGAUCCUGUGCGACGACGACGGCACCAUCGUGUCCGGAAGAAGGUAUUUCAUUGGUUCGUAUGGCAAGAAGGACGAGGACUACUCCCACGACAUGUGGAAUGACCACGGGCCAUCAAGACACUACACGAUAGUCUUCAACACAUUCGUAUUCCUGCAGGUACGGCCUGACGUGACGUCGGGCAGCCAGCUGGCCAGAUGAAUGGACUGGACAAGUGUCCGUCUCUCUCUCUGUCCGUUCUACUAUACUAGGUGUUCAACAUGAUGAAUGCGCGCAAGAUCCACAAUGAGUUCUAUAUUCUGGAAGGGCUCCUGCAGAGCCGAAUGUGGGGCAUCAUAUGGACAAUAAUCGUGCUUGCUCAGUUUCUCAUGGUGCAUAAGACACACGCAUACGCCUCCACAGAACACAAGAGCAAAGUCGCUGGCUGGCGUGCAGGUUCAGUACGGCGGCAUCGCCGUCAACUGCCACCUUAAUGGUCUUGCUGCCAUGCAUUGGCUCAUAUCAGUUGCUAUAGGUAUCAACCACAACGCUCAACAACUCUGUCCGCAUGGACUGUGUGCUGCGCGUGUGGCUGUGUCAAUGAAUCAGGGUUUGGUUCUCUUCCUAUGGCGUUUUUGCUGCGGUUCAUCCCGGUGCAGCGGUUCCCAGAGUACGGCAUCAGGGAAGCUGAAGGCGAAGAUAUCACCAACAAAAUAAAAAGAGGGUAGGACAGGACUAUCACUGGACUGAACACUUGCAACAUUCUGUGUCUCACGCCACGGUAUCAUAUGCAUGCAGACAAUCGACAUUUUCUGACCGCGGUCGUGUGCGGUCCAGCCUGAGGUCCAACUCGCCGCCAGGCAGUCCAGGAAGGGUGUCUAAGGAGUCAAAGUAUAUGACGGCCAGGACCAGCACACCAGGGUCACCCGGCGACAGACCAGAAGCAAGAUAUAAAAUCGGACAGGUGCGGUUGUUUGUAUUCCCCCAAGGAAGGAAGAAAGGAGAGAGACACCUGUGUGUCAUGUCAUCCACGUGUACAUAUCUUGGCGUGCACUGCACUGCAGGUCGCCCCUCUGCCCCCCACCAUUGAGGAAGUCAGGGCAGACGUGGACAGAUGACUGGCCGGCCGAGUGCUGUCUGGUGCUGUAUGGUAUGUGCGUGUUGUCUUGUCGGAAUACUUGC